AUGUCACAAUUUCUCUACCAAUACUUUCUCAAGAGGACCAACUUGGACCAUGUUUUCCCUGUGGGGCCCGAAGAGGAUCCUUACUUUGAAGAGAUUCCACCCGAGGAACUCCAUUUCUACCAGAGAAAGGGUGCCAAAAGAAAGAGGAAGUUGCCUAGUGUCAUUCCCAAACACGACUUGGAUAUCUUGAACUCGGUCAAGCGGAAGGCUUAUCGUUUGGACCUACAACUUAGUAUCUGUGGAUUGAGACUUGGAUGGGCUGGUAUCAUAGGAUUGAUUCCAUGGAUUGGAGAUGUGAUUUCGUUGAUGUUUGCUCUACAGAUUCUACACGCCGCUCAGCGAAUCGAAGGAGGACUUCCUCCAUCAUUGCAGCUGAAAAUGAUAGCCAACAUUGCACUUGAUUUUGGUUUGGGGUUGAUUCCUUUACUUGGUGAUUUCUGUAAUAUUCUCUACAAGUGCAAUUCGAGAAACUUUAUUCUACUCGAAAAGUAUCUUGUUCAGAAACACGGUGGUAUUCCGGUGAAGGCUCAUUCGGCGGAAAAGAGUAAAAAGGCGUCAGACUUCCCCAAUGAUGGCGCGAAUCAUAAAGGAGUUUCUAAUGUACCAAACAGUGCUCCUAAUGGUUCUGAGAAGAAUCAACAUUCUGUACAAAAUUCUGUCUGA